UUGUGCAUACUUUAAACUAGAUCACAAACACAAAACUUGGUACAAAAAACACUGUUGUAGAAUAUGUCUUCAAAGAUAAUUUAUGAUAUUGUUGUUCACAAUUUUUGUUUUUAAUCGAAAUACUUGAGAAAUAUACAGCUACAAAACGAAACGCAAAAUAACAAAAAGCAAAAUUGUAUUUUCUAGUGGGUCUCGUACAAGCCCAGUACAUAUUUUGAAUUACAAUGUUUUCAAAAAAUAUUAUAGUACUUUUGUGUGUCGUGUGUUUUAUAGAGAAAAGUAGUACCAAAGGUAGUAAAGAGAUAACAGAAGAGACCAAAAAUAAAAUAAAAUAUAGACCAACAGCGGUAGUAGAAGAAAAACUAGACGAUGAUUCAGCCGAAAUAUCAGAAGAGACAUCAGAUGAAUUAGUACAACCAGCAGUGAAAUCGUCUAAGAAUGGGCUGGCCGAGGAUGAAGCUUCUUCAGGUACUGCGUUUUCAAAUCCAAAAUUGGAUAACAUGCAAACCGUGCAAUGGGAAGAGAUGUUUAAGAAGUAUGACACCAAAGGAAAAGGUUCUAUAUCCCCAGAGGAAUUACAGAAACUUAUAUACGAUGAGUUCAAGGGAUUCAUCACCAUUCGCCAUUUAGAGACAUACAUAAAGAUACUUGAUUUAAAGAAACAAUUUAAAAUAAACGCGGAACGGUUGGAAAAAAUGAAACAGAUAAUAGCUGUUGUGUCAAAAAAGGAAAAUAGGUCAGAGAAGGAUAAAAACACCAACACAAAUGCCACUAUUACGGAAGCUAAAUUCACACAGGAAAUAAAUGAAAGUGCUAAACUUGAGCAUCUGUUUGAGACUCCCCUAGAACGAUUAGAAAUAUUCAACCUUAUUAGUCCAAAAGUAAAUUUUCCAAUUGAAGCGUCGAUGUUCGAGGAAAUAAUGGAAAUGUUUGAGGCUUCGGCAGUGGCGGAAGAAAUGCUCCAGUCGUUUCUUGAUAUGGAUAAGGACAAAAAUUUCUUUUUGAACCGUGAUGAGCUGUUUGAUAUUUUCAAAGCCAUAGAACCAUACACGACCACUAAGCAGAGUGUCGAAAGAAUGUUCAAGCACCGAGAUUUAAACGGUGACAAUCGCAUUGAUUUCGGUGAAUAUAUGAUAAUGAUGGUUGAACCCGAUACUACGAUACGCAUAACUCCAAAAAGAUUCGCGAGACUUAUGACUGCAAUGCAAGGUCUUAAAUUUAAAAAGAAAGACAUGCUUGCGAUAAAUCCCACAGGAAAAGAUAUAUUAACUCUUAAAGAUAUUGCACAACGUAGAAAAAUAUAAAAAAAAUAAGAAAAGAUUAAGGAAUACACUUCGUACAAAAAUAUAAAUUAAAUUUGUUGAAAAUUUCAUAGAUACAUUUCAAUAGAAAUAAAUGGUUGUCAAUAAUCAAUAGAUUAUUUAAUUAAUUUGUA